AAAUUUAAUACAUGUGUGGUGUUGCUAUUUGUAAUUUCUGCUCUGUGUCAUCAUUUCACGUGUAAAAGCUGUGAAGCGUUAUAUACUUUGUUUGGAGUUUAUUGUCACUUUUACUAACAAAAAGACAACUAUGGUUCCCAGGAAUUUUCCUUCUGUUGAAAGAGACCCCAAUAAAAGAAAAGUGAAACCUGUGGAUCCAGUAGAUCAACAGUGUGUACUAGAUUUUGAUGAAGAAAGUUCUGAUGAUAGUGAUUUUCGUAUUGAAGACCAUCCAGAAGUCAGUGAUGAUGAUGAUUCUCUGGACAGUCAAGCAGAAGAUGCUGCAAGUAGUGAAGACAAUGAAAAUGAAUCUGAGGAUUCAGACUCUGAUUUGGUAACAAGUCAACCUAAAACAAAUGGAAUUGAUUCUUCUAUAGCAAAUAUCCCACUACAGGAUACAAUAAAAUCUAAAAUAAAGUUUGAUGAACAUGAUGCACAAAUAAUGAUAUGUUGUGGUUGUCUUGGUGAUCAAAGUGAUGGAGUCAAUGAGAUUGUAGAAUGUGAUGGCUGUGGCGCUACUGUACAUGAAGCUUGUUAUGGAGUUUCCGAUUCCAAUAGUCUGGCUAGUACAGAUUCAGUAUCACCAACCACUCCUUGGUUUUGUGAAGCUUGUAAAGCAGGUAUUACAGAACCAAUUUGUGAAUUGUGUCCAAAUUCUGGGGGCAUCUUCAAAGAAACAGAUGUUGGAAAGUGGGUACAUCUUGUGUGUGCUCUGUACGUUCCUGGUGUGGCAUUUGGAGAAGUGGACAAAUUAACUAGCGUGACAUUAUUUGAGAUGCCUUAUAAUAAGUGGGGAGCAAAAACAUGUUCACUAUGUGAAGAUGAACGAUUAGCAAGGACUGGAGUCUGUAUAGGAUGUGAUGCAGGGAUGUGUCGAACAUAUUUCCAUGUUACAUGCGCUCAAAAAGAAGGUUUCCUGUCUGAAGCUCAUUCAGAAGAAGUUGAUCAAGCCGAUCCAUUUUAUGCUCAUUGUAAAUUACAUUCAGAUAAGACCUUAGUAAAAAGGAGGAAACGAAAUUAUAUGGCAUUACAGCUCAGAACGGAAUUCAGAAAAUAUCAGUUUUCCCAGGAAGGUCAUAAGGAUACACCUGAACAAGUAAGGAUUAAAAGAAAAUUAGAAAAGCAGAAAAUACACUACUUGAGUCAUAAGGGAUUGAAACCGCCGCCUUGGGUGCCCACACAGAAAAUGCCUCGAUUGCUCACAACCAGUGCGUCAGCUUGUCGUAGACUUUUAAGGAAAGCAGAGCUAAUGGGUGUUAACACCGUUGUCAUGGAAAUGCAGGAAUUACAAUCUGCAGCUUUAGUUGACAUAAGGAAAAAAUGGCACAUUCCCCCAGCAUUUUCUGUAGAAUUCAUAGCCUAUUAUUUAGAUAGAAACGAUAGGUUGAGAGAAAUGAAGAGAAGUGUUGAAAAUUACAUGGAUGAAAAUAAGAAUUUGUUAGAAGAGCAACAACAUUUACGACAAAAAUACGAUGAGAUUUUGAAAAAAAAUACCGAAGUAACUGCAAGAAAUAAUGAUCUGAAACAAAAUAUACAUAAGUUCCAUUCAGCAAUUCUUAGUGCAUGUCCUACUAAAAAUUUGCCAAAUAUAGAAGAUUUAGGUAAACCCAUCACUAGUAGAACACCACAGCCUAUGAUGGUACCAACAGCAGCUGCCCUCAAAAUGGGCGUUGGAUUUCCAUUGAAAAAUAUCCCUUUAGGUAGAACAGAUAGGGUGUUGAGCAGUCACGCAAAUAAAGAUCCUUUACUUUUAAAUGAAUGUGGAACAUGUCGACAACGUAGAGAUCAACAUCUUUUAGCAAAAUGUGAUACAUGUCAUUUAUACUACCAUCUAGAUUGUCUUAAUCCACCUCUCAGUCGUUUACCUAAAAAAUCAAAACUGUAUGGUUGGCAGUGUUCUGAAUGUGAUAAAACAUCAGAUUCAGAAGUUGAAGAAUUGAAAACACCCAGACGAAGUAGAAGUAUUUACAGUAAUAGGGAAAGUAAAUCAGAUCAGGAUAUAUCAUCACCGCCAAAAUUAAAGAUUAAACCAGUUGAUUCUAAUGAGGAAGAAAAUGAUAAUGGAAUAUCACAAUCUGAUGAACAAAUACCUCAGGGAAGACCAAAUAUUUCGAAUCUGAUUACAGAGUUGUCUGAAAUGAAUGGUGUUCAAAUAGUUGUUGAUAAUGGGUAUGAGGGAAGCCAUAAGUCUGCCAAAAAGCGUCGAAGAGAAAAACAUAGAAACAGAAACUCAGAUUCACCAGAUGUUAAUAGAGAACACAAAAGGAAAAGAAAGAAAAAAUGUUUAGAAAUCCAAGAGACGUUACCUCACCCACGAAUUACAAUUAAGAUCAAACCAAUUCCUCUGCCAGCUGGAGAAGUUGCGUCUGAAUCUAACCCUCAAUGUUUUUAUGUACCAAACGAGGCAGAUGAUAAUGCGCCUCCACCAUUUUCUUCUCCAAAAGCAGCUAAGAUAGAAAAAAGAGAAAUGAGGAAAAGUAGAAGUCCCAGAAUAUCAGAUUCCGGAAAAUUUCAGGAUAAACAAAAACCACCUGUUAUUAAAUUAUCGAAGAAACCAGUCGGAGGAAAUAUUUGUGAUGUUUGUCAAGGGGAUGGAUCACACAGUAAUUCUGUCAAAUGUGAUGAAUGUCAGAAAAAUUAUCAUUUCGCUUGUUUGGAUCCCCCUCUUAAGAAAACUCCAAAAAUAAGAGGUUAUUCUUGGCAUUGUGCUGAUUGUGAUCCAACGGUAAGUAGAAAUCCAACUUGGUAAUAUUUACUGGAAAAAUUGUUUUAGAUUUAUCAUUUCAAACGAAUACACUCUCCAGCUAAAUUGACUCAUAAUUUUUUAUUUGAUUAUAGUAUAUAGAAUAAUAAAUCAUUAUAUGCGAGUCAAAUACUAUACCUUAUCCAUGACUACUAAAUAUUUUUGUUGGAGUUUUCUAAUUCGAAAAUUUUGAUAUAUUAUUAGAAACACUAUUAUUUAUUAUAAUAAUCCCUUUUGUCAGCUCAAAAUUGAUAUGCCAUAUUAUAUACUUUCUUUAACUUUUCCGGCAGUAGCUUCUCUGAUUUCUGAACUUGUUAAAGAAAAGUCACUUUCAUUUUCUAUAUCCUUUUUUAGUUGGUCUUUUGAUAUAAUAAAAUAUUAGAACACUAACAAAUCUAAACACAUAACAAUUUUGACAGGUUUGAGUCAAAUUUAUUUUGUUUCAAAAGGUACUUCAAUCUAUAAAUUGUUUAAUAAAAUUAAAAACAAAUAUAUGACAAACACAUUGAAUGUUACUGAUAGCUCAGUGGUAAUGCUUCGUGCCUUCAAACUACAUGUCCAGGGCUCGAAUCUUAAACCAAAGCUAUCGAACGACUCUGCAUCAAUUUUCAAGGCUGUAAUAAAUACCAAAAGAAAUUGGUUCAUAAAAUCACAAACUUACUUGUAUUAAGAUUAAGUUCAAUUGGUUGUUAUGUUCACAAUUCAUACACAAAUCAUAUAUUAACAAUAAUAACCAAUUCCAAGCCAUUUGGACAUCCUCAGAACCAGUAUGAAUAACAAUAUAGUAAUUUUUCAAGCUCUUUGCCUUGAUUAAAUGAACGUCUCUAUUAUUCUCUCAAUUGAAAUCUUCAAUAAUAUAAAAAAAGAAAGAAAAAACAAUUUUCCAUCAAUUCACGAUAUUUGUUUUUUCUUAUAAUCUUAAGAUACAAGUAAGUUUCUACAAUUUAGAAAAUUGUUAUUUUAUGAAAACUAGUUUCUUUUGGUAUUUAUUACAGCCUUGAAAUUGGAUGCAAAGUCGUUCGAAAGCUUAGGAUAGCACAAACAAAAUUCGCCAAAUUAAAAAAAUUCUCCCAUAACUGCUUACCCCAUUAUUGAAUAAUUGUUUUUUGUAGGAUUUGUAAGAGGAUUUUUAAUCUGCCAAAACAUAUUUUUUUGCUGUGAAAACGUAGACUAUCUGAAUAUUGUGAUAUAAUUUUUUUACUCAUAAUAUUAAUAUGAAUAACAUUUUGCAAUUCCAAUUAAUCCCCUUAUUAUUUUUAAUUUUCAGGGAUCUGAGUAGUGUGGCGGAUAUUUUUGAAUGAUUACACUUGCUGUUUAAUUAUAUUCAUAGAAAUACAUAAAUCUGAAAAUA